AUGAGAAGGGAUAUAAAAUCUAGCUGCAUCUUGCUUGAUGAAGAUUAUGAGGCAAAAAGUGCUGAAUUCGGUGUUACAAGGUUUGCUGGGAGACAUGGUUAUAUUGCUCCAGCAUUUGCGGAUUUGAACCCCUGUAGUCAGGAAAUCCCCCAUAUGCCGCGGCCUUACAAGAAUGCUAAGUAUGAGGAAGCAUUAGAGAAAUUUGAUUCUGUUUUGGGAACAAAGCCAGAACUUGAAGAAGCAACAUUCACAAGUUAUAAUGUUGCUUGUUGA